UUAUAUCGUACAGCCAAAUGACCAUAGGUAGCGACGAGGUGCCAUAUUCAUCGUCUUCGGGAUCGUUUUCUCGUUUCAGUGCGAUCGUUUACCUUUACGCACUUGAAAAUCUUCUCUCGACCACUUCUACAGCUCCACCAGGCUUUGGCUUGCACCUAAAACGGGCUAAUGCAUUAACGUUGUAGUCCCGCUGCCCCUCCCUGUAGCGAACUGGAGACUCGAUUCGUGGUUCAUUCAGCUAGCUACAAGCUUGUCGUGCUGAGAAAUCAUGCGGCCACGGCGACCAUGCACAGUGACGUGUGCAGGUCUUCUUGAGCUGACGGCGUAGUGAUCGUCUUUGCGUGAUAAAACGAACACGAGAACACCAGAGCAAGCGAGGUUGCUCGCAAAGAAGCGAAGAUCAUACUACAGAGGAACAACUGCAACAAGCGGCCACCGCGUAUCCACCACGUCAAUAUUGACGCUUUCCUAUUAGGUGGACAAGGGAGGCACAAAAAGGACCCGGCACGACAGCACGAUGCCGACCAUCGGUCCGGAUCUGGAGAAGCGGCUCGCCGCGUUCUUCGACGUGUACGAUAUCGAUGGCAAUGGAGACAUCGACAUCUCCGAGUUCAACAAAAUCGAGGUUAGGUUAGAGGUGCAAUCCUCAGAAGCGAGCAAGAUGUGGGGACUGGGCGGCAUGGACGCCGAUGCGGAUCCAGCCGGCACCAUUUUCUACGACCAAUUUCGUACAAUUGAGGGUUUGGCUUUUCAUCUCUGAAAAUAUUCGCUUCAUCCAUCAUUGGAUCGCAGCAUUGGUUUCCAAACAUGAACAAGGGAUGCAUGUGCGUCAGUUCAUCAUCGUCAUCAGUUUUUUGCCAAAAAUAGUCUUUUUCCCGCUUCUCAGGUACAAGGAUGAUCCGAAUCAUGCACAUGGCCUCCUUGUCAGAAGAAAUCUUCGUGCAGAAAAUCAACGAGCGUAUCAACAUGAUAGUAUCCGAGCGAAAACUCAUGGGUUUGAACUACCACUACGGGAUAAGGUGCAUGAUCCAGAAGUUAUUCCGCGCUUUCGACGCAGAUAGUAUUUUUUCGUUCUUUUUGCUUGCACGCUGCUCGUGUUUCGUUGCUAUUCCACCUGUGUAUGUGUAGAAGUUCAAGUUUAGUGGUUUUACAUGAAAGUAAAACGAACUCAGUCUACACUUACGCAAAAUCGAAAUACAGACGGCGGCGAGAUAGAAGCCGAGGAGUGGAUAGUGGCGACAAAAGUAAUAGCAGACGGGCUCAAGGAGCUCACGCACACAGAGGACCUCGACAUGAGCAAAUACCACGGCGCGGAUGAUUCUGGGGACGGUAAGCUUUGGUUAGGAAAAUGACCCAACUAGCGCUAGCGCGCUACGGUUUUUUCUUGUUCCGUGAUUGUAUUCAUCAACAGCAUCGAAGAUGGCAUGUUGAUUUCAAGUACAAGUUUUGACAACUUCCUCACCAGGUAACAUCGACCCGGAUGAAUUCAUGGAGUUCAUGUACAGUGUACUCGAGCCUUUUGGCGAAAAGUAUUCCGGAGACGAAAUCGAGGAAAUACUAAAGCAGCUCCUGGGCAUGGUCCCAACCGGAAGUGCACAGCGAAUGAUAAAACUACCGCUCUUUGCUGCCUUCCCCGAUGUCGUGCUCAAUAGAAAAAACGUACCAUAUUAGCUGCAGCUUUUCCUUGUUUCAAGCUGGUGACAUGUGAUGAUGUUGUUGUGCAGCUAGGUUCGCGCUCCGCUGGUGUUGGUGUAGGUGUCAUAACGUAGUGAACGCCAUUUGUGAAUUGAAUCAAUCUUUCAACACAGGAAUGGCAGCACCCCAACCAAAAGGCAAAAAGCUGUGAUGGUUGGGAGGAGAUAACAGAGCUCGCGAUUGACCCUGUCGUAAUGAAAACCGCACGAGACAUCAAGCAGAUGAUAGCAAUAAAGCUCGCAUUGCCCUACGCCACGGAGAUGUCGGUAUCUUGUCGUUUUCAUGGCUUCAUUUUGGUUGACGUUGACCUCCAGUACCAGUAGCUGGUGUUCUACUGCUUUGUCGUCUUUCUGAAAUAUGGAUUUCUGUAGUUUUUUUUAAGUAUUUUGCUGCGCUUUCGUAGGACUGCAAAUCCAAAUGAUUUUGCAAAACGAAGUGAAUUUUCAUGAAAACCCAAUACAGCUCUUCUACCGCGCCUCCGCCACGGAUCCCGUCUUCAGGCUUCUCCCCGAGGAGGGUGACGAACUCCGUGACGUAUUCAAAACCUUCCACAAAUCCACGGGUGUAAAGCAACUGUGGGUGAAAAACUUCCGCGUCGCACCAUUGCUCGCAGGGUGUAAGAAAGUAGAAGUCAUCACAGACGAGGAAAAGAUCGAGGAGAUACAAAAGAAAAUGAGCGGUAUUUAUUUUCUUGUGCAAUUAUGCUUUGUUAUUGUUUCUUGCUCCUUUAUCUGUCCUGUAGCUGUGCAAGUCGUAUGCAAUUUGUUCUUUUCCUGAUCAACAUCAAAUUAGAUUUCCGUGUAACUUCAUUAACCUUUACUCAGGUCAACGCGCCGGCGUCCUGGACUUCGAAGACCUCGUCCACAAGAAGGGUGACUACCCAAUAAAGGGCACGAUGAAGAUAGGCCUGGGCGAACAAGUUAUGUGCGAGUUCCCGGCGAGCAACAUGAACCAGAAGUACCCCUACCGAGUGGAGGCGUACGUCAAGGGGGACGGCUUGAUAACAGGAGUAGUGGAAGAGCGACUAGAAAAGACGGUGAAGAAAGGUAUAAUGUUGAUGAACUGAAGUAGACAAUGACAACCACGUGUGUGCGAAGCAGAUUUCGAUUUGGAAUUGUUUUCAGUUGUGAUGAGGAUGACGGAAAAAUUGGAUUCUGCAGCUCAAUAUCACCUCAAUUCGUUCGUAAUAUCAACACUAUCAGGUCCACCACCCGACUUUUCCCUUCGGUGGUCCUUUGUCGGCGAAGGGAAGCCCGGGGACGCAAAAAUCAUCGUGGAAAUCGGCUGGGACCAGUAUGAGCACGAGAUGGAGUGCACGGAUAACCCCUACAGGAACGAAACCGUGUUCCAGUUUCUCGCGGACGUGCAGUGCACGGAGGAGGCGCCCAAGCCGGGCUCGAAAUCAAACGUCUACUGGCACGGCCUGAUUUGGGAUGGCAAUCAGACCAAGGCGAGCAAACCAAAGUAGACUGGUCCGCGCUCUAGUACUUAGCUGACCAGCACAGUCGUGGUCGUGAGCUGCUUAUCGAGAAUUGUAUCAAAUUUGCUUCAAAUUCAAGAGGAAAACUGUCAAACUGUUCAAAAUCUUACGUUACAAAACUGUUGCCAACAAUGGCUCGCAAAGCCAUUCGUUCAAAAUCUCAGAUAAAAGCAAUGAGGCAUCACGUACUUGGCGGAUAGGUCGAGUGCGUGGUGACAAUGGUUUUCCAUUGCGGAAGAGAAUUAUUCCAGACAAGAAACACGAAAACUUGUAUGAUGACGAACUGGAGGCCGCUCGCUGACGAAAUCGAAACAAUUCGGCCGCAUCCUUGCCCCUGUC